AUGGAUCGACUUGCUUUCAUCACGUUCUCAUCGACACGGAAGCGAAGUCAGCGUCAUCCUAGCGACCGAUUGCGACAAGCACUCAGAGACUAUGUACAAUUUGCUUGCAGCCAAUGGUUCUCGGAUGGUUUCACUCGGUCAGCGCAUGAUGAAUCUAGACCUCAGUCUUUGCCGAGUUUUCAGUGGACCUUUAUGUUUGCGUCUCUACCCUUCGCAAUUAUCGGUAUCGACUUCAUCCAACAUUUUGUGUUGCUUGUUGAUUCUGGUCGCCACAGACAUUUAGACGACCGUGCUAAACUAGGCUUCAAAUGCAUUCUUACGGAGGCCCCAAUACUCAGCCCCGUUUUUCGAAUCGCCGAUGUAUCGCCAGCUUAUGCGAACCUACUCCCUGAAUACCUGUGGCUGGUACGACCAGCUGCAGAGCUUCCGCCAGUCACGACAGAGGUCGCUGAGCACAUAGUCACGCGUAUUCUGCCAGUUAUCCCACAACCAGGACGGCUUGCUCCUGACAAACUAGGUGCAGCACAAGCUGAAUGCGACCACAUGCUUCAGCUUGGUACCCUCAGAUCGUCCAAAAGCUCUUGGGCGUCGCCUCUGCACAUGGACGCGAAGAAGGUCAUGGGGACUGGCGUCCUUGCGAAGACUAUUGAACUUUAA